AUGCCCUCCCGCCCUGUUGGGAGACGGCCUAUCAAGAGUGAACGCCCUAAGAAGAUCCCAGUGGCACCAAAGCAGGAGGCUGAAGACCCAGCGGACUACAAGGAGUACUCCCUAGUUGCUUGUAAGGACGAGGAUAUUGAGAAUAUGAGAACGAAUGUGUUGAAGUUCCAGUCUAAGCAUAAGAUCAAUCCCUCAGAGUCAUUCACGAAGCCUGUUAGAUUGCACCGGAAGGAGACUAGGAACCUACAGUAUCAGCUUACGAGGGCUGAGAUUGAGCAACGUCAAAGGGAGAACGCUGAAGCCCGUCGUAUUGCGGAGGAGGAGAGGCUAGCGAGGGAAAAGGCCAAAGCUGAGGAGCCAGGUCGUGUGGUUUUCGAUAUAAAGAAUGAUCCCAACGUGGCGCCUGAGCCUGAACCUGAACCAAAGACUGAGGAGGAGAAGAGGAUUGAAAAGAUGGCUAAACAGCAGGCCAACAUUGCUCCUGACGGUGGCGCUAGGAAGAAACUGUUCAAGGACAAUAGAAAGACCAGACAAGUUAGAGUUAUGAAGGAGGAGGAUAGAAAGUUGAGAUAUGAGGAGUUUUAUCCGUGGGUUAUGGAAGAUUGGGAUGGUCAAAACACAUGGGUUGGCCAAUACGAAGCUGCCAAUGCAGACACGUAUUGCUUACUGGUGUUGAAAGAUGACAAGUUCACAAUGAUUCCAGUGGACAAAGUGUACAAGUUCACACCAAGAAACAAGUAUGCAACGCUUACUCUGGAAGAAGCGGAGGCGAGAAUGGAGAAGCACAAUACAGUGCCAAGGUGGUUGAUGAAACAUUUAGAUGAAAAGGAGCAAAAGUUGACGAGAUAUGAACGUACUAAAAAGAAACUGAAAACGGUUGAGGGAACCUCUGAAAAUGAUAACGGUAAACGUGAUUCUGACAAUGAUGACCUGGACUUUGAUGAAGAAUUCGCUGAUGAUGAGGAGGCUCCAAUCAUCGAUGGUAAUGAAGAAGAGAACAAAGAGAGUGAACGGAAGAUGAAAAGAGAGAUGCUUGGUGCCAAUGCCAUGGGAUUACAUGACCAAGACGGUGAAGAAGAAGACGAUGUCGAUGAUCUCUUUGAAGCGAGAAAAGUUGAUAAAGAUGGUGAAAGAGUUCGUAAGACUUUGAUGAAAACUGAAGGUACGGGUAUCUAUGAUUCAGAAGAUGAAGUCAAUCCAUACUUGAAUGAAUCAGAUUUGGAAAUUGACAACUCCGAGGAAGAGAUCAUCGCUGCUGACUUGGGCAAAUCAGUCUCACCAGCAGGUUCAUCUGUACAGACAAGACAAUCCAGUCCAGCUCCAGGUACAAGGAUUAAAGUCAAAUCUAUUAAUUCUCCAAUUGGGUUUGUUGUUCUUAAAGGUUUACCUUCCGUGCUGAUGCAGUUCCCAAGAGGUGAAUGGAAUCCAAAUGCGAAGAGAAGAGUGCCUGAAUACACGGGAAGUGAUGACGAAUCUAGAUAUACCAAACGGAUCAAAUUGGAGGACGAUGAACACAGUAUUCCAACCACUGUCAAAUCGGAAGAGCCUAUUCAAAUACCAACUGUGCAGGCCUCUAAUGGAGAUUUGCUUACAGCUGAAGAUGUUCUGUCGGUUGUACGCAACGCUGAGAACAUCACUGUUAAAGAUUUGAUCAUCAAGCUGAAAUCCAAGCUGAAGAACCCAGAGAAUAGAAGUAGAAUCAAACUCUUGGUUAAUCAACUACUCAAGACAGAGAAUGGCUUCCUCGUACCAAAGGAGACUACGAAAGUUGAGACAUAA